CACUGAUGCAGCGCGCUAAUGUCAAGGAACUACUACUACCUAACAAUCUAACAUGAACACAUCGCAUAUAAACUAUACAGUCCUUUGGUUCUUGAUUUCAUUAACCACCAACAAGUGCAAAGCCUGAAACACGGAAAAUAAUUUAACCUUUGGAAAGGGCUACAGAGUCAAAACAUAAAUCAAUACCAGCAAUCAAUCUUCGAUACCAAACUACCUAAGUCAGUCCCGGUUUGCCUCGAUUAGUUUGGUUUACAUCAAUAGGAUACCAACUUUCACUGGUCCAAAACAGUUUCUGCGAGAGUGACAAAAAAGCUAAAUCCAAACCUAUGAAGGAAACUAUCAAACUAGACCCUUACAAAGAAACAACAACUGGUUAUAUCAUCUUUACACAGUCAUCUACUUUUAAGCAACUCUUUCACAAAAGCAAAAACCAAAAGCAGAAACACACACACCAACAACGAUCUGUAAAGCAGUUGUAGAAAAUAGAAAACAGAAACUUAAAGAAGCAAUUGAUUGAAGAAUUAAGAAUAAAGAAAGUUUAGUAUAGACCAAAAAAAAAGUAACUCCCACUUCAAGAAUACAAUACCUUUCUUUUGUAGUCUUCACAAAGCUUAGCAUCUAAACCAAUUCCUCUCCUUAGCCACCAAGAAACCCCAUAACUCUACAUAAAACACUAACAAGCUUCUCCAUUCUCAGUUUUAACUUCCAUUUUCACCUGCAACACAAACACAUAUCAGAUUACAGAAAUUUUGUUGAGAAAUGAGUGCAGACUGGGGACCCGUGAUAGUAGCAGUGGCUCUGUUCAUCCUACUGUCACCAGGAUUACUCUUUCAGCUACCGGCAAGAACAAGAGUGAUGGAGUUUGGGAACAUGAGCACAAGCGGGAUUUCGAUUUUGGUCCACGCCAUUAUAUACUUCUGUAUACUCACUAUCUUGAUCAUUGCCAUACAAAUCCACAUCCAUUUCUGAUCAUCUUGUAGUUUAUAUAACAAAGGCAGCUUCUUUGGUUUGAAGCUUCACCUUUCUCUAUUUAUUUUUCUUUCUUUUUGUUGCUAAAAUCUCUGGUUCUUCGCUCAUAGGGUCUCAAGCAGGGUGAUCAUAAAAGAGUUGUAUACAAAUAAAAUAAUCGGUAAUUUUGUUUUUCCAAAAUUCAAUUUCAGCUCAAAUCAUACAUCAAAUGCUGAUCUCUCUUGUGGCUUCAACAUGUAACAAUGCAAUAUAAAGCAUCUUCUUUUUGCUACAAAA